CGGGUAGGUGGAGUACUAGAUAAAGACGCGCCUUGAAAUGCGGCGGGGCUGUCGCCGCAGCUCCAGGAGUAGGAGGCGGAGCGGGCGCGCGGAGCGCCUGGCUAGCUCCCUCCCGAUUGCCCGGGGCCGGUUGCGCCUCGGCUGGCGGGGCCGCGGUGAGGAAGGGGCGGCCGCUGCACCCACCUCCACCGGGUUCGUGAGUGGAGCCCAGCCUUAUAUGGACUGAUCGCUCGGGCAAUGGCCCAUUUUUUCCUCGCCACCAGCCGCCACCGCGCGCCGAGCGGCCGCCAGAGCCCGAGCUGACGCCGCCUUGGCACCCCUCCUGGAGUUAGAAACUAAGGCCGGGGCCCGCGGCGCUCGGCGCGCAGGCCGCCCGGCUCCCUGCGUCCAUUUCCGCGUGCUUUCAAAGAAGACAGAGAGAGGCACUGGGUUGGGCUUCAUUUUUUUCCUCCCCAUCCCCAGUUUCUUUCUCUUUUUAAAAAUAAUAAUUAUCCCAAUAAUUAAAGCCAAUUCCCCCCUCCCCUCCCCCAGUCCCUCCCCCCAACUCCCCCCUCCCCCGCCCGCCGGGGCAGGGGAGCGCCACGAAUUGACCAAGUGAAGCUACAACUUUGCGACAUAAAUUUUGGGGUCUCGAACCAUGUCGCUGACCAACACAAAGACGGGGUUUUCGGUCAAGGACAUCUUAGACCUGCCGGACACCAACGAUGAGGAGGGCUCUGUGGCCGAAGGUCCGGAGGAAGAGAACGAGGGGCCCGAGCCAGCCAAGAGGGCCGGGCCGCUGGGGCAGGGCGCCCUGGACGCGGUGCAGAGCCUGCCCCUGAAGAACCCUUUCUACGACAGCAGCGACAACCCGUACACGCGCUGGCUGGCCAGCACCGAGGGCCUUCAGUACUCCCUGCACGGUCUGGCUGCCGGCGCGCCCCCUCAGGACUCAAGCUCCAAGUCCCCGGAGCCCUCGGCCGACGAGUCACCGGACAAUGACAAGGAGACCCCGGGCGGCGGGGGGGACGCCGGCAAGAAGCGAAAGCGGCGAGUGCUUUUCUCCAAGGCGCAGACCUACGAGCUGGAGCGGCGCUUUCGGCAGCAGCGGUACCUGUCGGCGCCCGAGCGCGAACACCUGGCCAGCCUCAUCCGCCUCACGCCCACGCAGGUCAAGAUCUGGUUCCAGAACCACCGCUACAAGAUGAAGCGCGCCCGGGCCGAGAAAGGUAUGGAGGUGACGCCCCUGCCCUCGCCGCGCCGGGUGGCCGUGCCCGUCUUGGUCAGGGACGGCAAACCAUGUCACGCGCUCAAAGCCCAGGACCUGGCAGCAGCCACCUUCCAGGCGGGCAUUCCCUUUUCUGCCUACAGCGCGCAGUCGCUGCAGCACAUGCAGUACAACGCCCAGUACAGCUCGGCCAGCACCCCCCAGUACCCGACAGCACACCCCCUGGUCCAGGCCCAGCAGUGGACUUGGUGAGCGCCGCCCCAACGAGACUCGCGGCCCCAGGCCCAGGCCCCACCCCGGCGGCGGUGGCGGCGAGGAGGCCUCGGUCCUUAUGGUGGUUAUUAUUAUUAUUAUAAUUAUUAUUAUGGAGUCGAGUUGACUCUCGGCUCCACUAGGGAGGCGCCGGGAGGUUGCCUGCGUCUCCUUGGAGUGGCAGAUUCCACCCACCCAGCUCUGCCCAUGCCUCUCCUUCUGAACCUUUGGAGAGGGCUGAACUCUACGCCGUGUUUACAGAAUGUUUGCGCAGCUUCGCUUCUUUGCCUCUCCCCGGGGGGACCAAACCGUCCCAGCGUUAAUGUCGUCGCUUGAAAACGAGAAAAAGACCGACCCCCCACCCCUGCUUUCGUGCAUUUUGUAAAAUAUAUUUGUGUGAGUAGCGAUAUUGUCAGCCGUCUUCUAAAGCAAGUGGAGAACACUUUAAAAAUAUAGAGAAUUUCUUCCUUUUUUUAAAAAAAAUAAGAAAAUGCUAAAUAUUUAUGGCCAUGUAAACGUUCUGACAACUUGUGGCAGAUUUCGCUUUUCGUUGUAAAUAUCGGUGGUGAUUGUUGCCAAAAUGACCUUCAGGACCGGCCUGUUUCCCGUCUGGGUCCAACUCCCUUCUUUGUGGUUUGUUUGAGUUUGGUUUUUGUUUUUGUUUUUUUUUUUUUUUUUUGCGUUUUCCCCUGCUUUCUUCCUUUCUCUUUUUAUUUUAUUGUGCAAACAUUUCUCAAAUAUGGAAAAGAAAACCCUGUAGGCAGGGAGCCCUCUGCCCUGUCCUCCGGGCCUUGAGCCCCGAACUUGGAGCUCAGCUAUUCGGCGCGGUUCCCCAACAGCUCCGGGCGCAGAAAGCUUUCGAUUUUUUAAAUAAGAAUUUUAAUAAAAAUCCUGUGUUUAAAAAAGAAAAAAAGAAAAAAUCCCUGCCCUCCCGUUUGUCCUACUGCGCCGGGCCGGAGGCCUGGGCCUGGGAGCCAGCCAGGCCGCCCGCGGGGCUCCCACAGGCGGUUCCUCUCGGGCGGGGAGGCCGGGGUUACCGGGGCCCUGGGGCGGGCGGGGCUCCCGGUGCAGGCCCCUCCGACCACAGGCUGCACCCCGCGCCUAGGAUUGGGGCGGGGAGGGGAACACUCGGCCUCCGGCCUGCGAGCGGUCGGCCGGAAGCCCAGGGUCGCCCACCCUCCCCGGCCUCUCCCCUGGUCUCGCGCGCUGUCUGAACCCCGGGCGGCAGCGUCCGGCUACGGGAGGAAAAGUGACUUCGGGAGCCGCAAAGGCGAGGAUAGCAAACCCCCCUCGCUGGCCCAAAUCUACGAGUGGCUCCUUCAGCCUGAGAAGCUGUUGAAGCCACUACACUCGAUGACUUUCACUUUGUUGCAUUUGACUUACCUCACGCUAGGAAAGUGGGUGGGUGGGGGUCUGAGGUUAAGACUGGCUGCCUUCUCCCCACUCCCCACCCCUUUUCAAAAUCUGCGGGCUGGUGCUGACCUAGGAGACCGCUAAGGCUGGGGGUGGGAACGGUCAGGGCGCGCGAGGCUUUGGCUUAGGGGGCUUGGGGGAAGUACGCGGCGUUCUGGGCUCGGGGGAGGGAGGGGAUACUGCAGCCCUCUCUAGGAACUUUGACCCCAGGAAGCCAGGGAGCGAGAAUCUUUGGCAAUCCCAGCAAACCAUGCCUCUCCCUUCCCUUCCGCUCCCAUCCUUUCCGGGCUUCCAGGCCUCUCUCCGGGGACUGGAUCCCGGGCCUCCUUCCCUCCAGCGUUCGGCGGUCCGAACCAGGGUGUGCAGUCCCCCCAGGUCAGCACUUGAGUGUGGGACUGGGUGAAUUGCUAGGAAGUAGAGGUUUGGGGGUGGGGUGAGCUCCCCGGAUGGGAAGUGGGCACACAGCCCCGGGCACGCCCGGGAAGGGCGCAUCCAUCUUUCCGGCGGGGAACGGAUUCCGUCCCACCCUUGUUGCUGGAGGAAGAUCUCCUUGGCGGAUGCUGGCGCACACUUGGCCACGCGGGGGAGCGUCUUAGGAAGCCUGGCGAACUGGAGGAUGAGCCUUUCUCCUCUAUCUCGCGGGUUUCUAAAACUACUUGGGACUCUAGCUCAGAGCCCAGCGGGUGCUGCGAGACGCUGAGGGACUGAACGUCGGCGCAUUUGGAAAUUGUAUCUCUGUUCUCUCCGAAGCUGCACCAUCAAGGCUGGGGGGUGGGGUAGCAGUGAGGAGGCCGGGCAAAAGGAGCGGUCCCAGCUGACUUUCUUGCUCCCUCUAGUUGAUGAUCAGGUUUAAUUCAAUAUCUAAAGCAAACAUGAUUAUCCGUGCGACCAAAUCUGUGCGUCGAUAGCACUCAGCGCAGCAGCCCAGGGACGCGAUGACACUUUAUUCCCGCGUUCCACAUCGCCCCUGGAUAAUUGAGGGCUCGGAAGUCUUCCUAAUACCCCAGUAAAUGUCCUUUCCCAUCUCCGGGCUCAUCCUCGGGGAAAGGGCAGUUUUUCUAAAUGCUAAAAGGUCUCCCUUUGUUCUCCACACUAGCUUGGCAAUGUCUGGGGGGCUUAUGUCUUACUGUUUUUAAAGGCCAACGAAUUUCUCCCAAAUAGUUUGUUGUGCAAUAAUUGAACGCCCAACCUGCCCUGGUACUAACCACUCAACAUCCACUUGCAACUUCCCCUAAUCCCAAAAUUCUCUUGGGAGGAAAGGUGAGGGUUUCAAGUCUCUUGGAGCGGAGCUGUCAGAAGGCCUGAGGCCAUUUUGACUCUUCCAGGCCCCAGGGCUUCCAGGGUGAGAAUGAUCACAAGAGACCCUCAGGUUUCCAGAGAGGAAGGGGGAAGCGUGGAAGGUCCUCACCCUGGCAGGCUUCCACCACUUGCUCAUUGAGGACACAUUUGGAGCGGUGGCCAGGACCGCGGGCCUGCAAUCUGGGUGUGCGCUCCUGCGGCCGGCCUGGAGCCCGGGAGGUGGACCCGGCGCCCGCCUCUCUCUGUCCUCGGGUCCCCAUGGAGUCAAUAAAAGCGCCUGCGGAGCCCUGUGUGGCCCUAACCCCAGCGCCCUGGGAGCGCACCCGGCGCGGGGUCCGCUUCAGCAGUCUAUCUUCGCCCAAUCUACAGCGGGCGGUACAAAACCGCACAAUGGGAAAGCUGGGAGCCGGAGAUGUUAGAGGCGUGCAUAUUAAAAAGGGACAGAGAAAGGAUCGCGGGGACAGAGAGAGGGGAAGAAGGAGAAGGGGCCCGCCCCCCACCCCCCGCCCCACCCCGCACCAUUCAGCGCGCUUAUCGCGGGCAGUGAAUCCCGGAGUCAGGCAGAAGUCUCCUUGGGGUUUUGUUGGGCCUGUCACUGGGUCCCUUUGUCAUCCACGGGCUCCAUGCUGGAUUCCAUAUGGCCAGCUGGGCCGAGGGAGCGCGAGGAGGGACCCGCACAAAACCUAAAUUGUGUCCGGCUUUCAAACCCUGUAUUGUUGUCUGUGAAAGGAAGACGCAUUAAAAAUUCGUGCUAUAUCUAUUGGGGAGGAGGCUGGAGGAGGGGAGAAAAAGCCACCCCUGUCUUUGAUGGCUUCGGAGGGAGCUUGCCCCGCCUAGGCCCCGUGACACUGAAAGCUGGAUCUCUCUCAUUCUGUCUCUCUCUCUCAAAAUCUCUCUUUUUCUCUCUUCUCAUAAUCUCGCUCUCAUAAUCUCUUUCUCUACCUUCAUAAUCUCUUUUUCUCAUAAUCUCUCUGCCUUCCUCACUUCUCUCCUUCCUCUCUUUUGUCUCCUUGACUCUAACGCUGGGAUGGGAGUCCGCGAACCUGCGCCUUCAGGGUUUGGCUCACUUGUGCGCACUUUGCUCACUGCUGUGUGUGUAUCAGGAAACUAACUUCUGCCUGGGAGCUCUGCACCAUCGGACCGUCCUGGGGCUCAGGAGGCAACUCAGGGUACCCAGGACCUGGGUGAUGCUCGGUCCCCUACGGGCUUAGCGGCUCCUGGGUAGAUGAAAAUCCACCCCCUGAUUUCGCAACCGACCGGCCCCGAAGCGCCCGCGUGCGGAGCCGCCCUUCCACUCACCGCGAGAAAGGUUCUGAGAGGCCAAAGGCGCCGCUCAGUCCCGGGCCCAGCUAGACUUGGGCUGCAGCCGGUUCCAAGGCGACUUGCGCCCGGCCGGGCCACUUGGUUACCAACCCCGAAGAGCUAAAGACGCGCGCGUUCCUUUGAAUUAUGCGUGGGGAUCCAUCCCACUGGCCUCUUGGUGCGAUGGGAAACCACUUCAGAAACUUCUUCCAACAGCGUCUCUCCCCAUGUUGGAGGAGGGAGAUACUUCCUCUUUAAUUUUCAAUGUCUCCUGUAUCGCGUGCUUACAAAAUUCAGUACCAGGGAGACACAGCAGGGCUUCCAAGGAAUUUGCCCAUUUUUUGCCUCCUCUAAGCGGUCCAAAUUGGCGCGAGGCAGUCGGAAAUAAUUUGGGUCAUGCCUUCUCCCCUGCAAUUGCCAGGUCAAAACUCCCAUAAGCAGUCCCCAAAUAAACCAUA